GCCUGGGCGUGGUGGUGGGCGCUGGACUGUGUGCGGUGAUCGGUGGAGCUGUGUUAGCCCAGUACAUCUUCACCAUGAAGAAGAAGGCCGGUCGCAAGACCAAGAUCAUCGAGAUGACAAACAUCCAUAAUUACCAAAGCAACUGAACGCAGUAGGGAUUGCGAAAGAUCAAUGUGCUGGACAUAAAUCAGCUUCCUGCCCUUAGUUUACCCCCCAGAGCACUGUGCAGUGAGCAAGAUGGUGGAUAAAGAGAGUUUGCAGAUGUUAGAGAUGCCAGAGUUCCAGAAGAAAACUGUCAAUAUUAAGAACCCCGAAAGAGUGGAAGAAAUCAUAUGUGGUCUUAUCAAAGGUGGAUCAACAAAACUUCAAGUAAUCACGGAUUUUGACAUGACACUGAGCAAGUUCUUACACAAUGGGAAAAGAUGUUCAACCUGUCACAAUGUCAUUGACAACUGCAAAUUAAUCUCAGAGGACUGUAGGAAAAAGUUGGUGCAAAUUAGGAACAAGUACUAUCCAAUUGAAGUUGAUCCAACCAUUAGUACUGAGGACAAGUAUCCUUUCAUGGUGGAGUGGUGGACUAAAGCUCACAAUUUAUUGGUUGAACAAGGAAUUCGGAAAGAGAAACUGGCGGCAGUGGUGCGGGAAUCGGAUGUGACGCUGAGGGAUGGUUAUGAAUUGUUUUUUGAUAAACUGAAUGAACGCAACAUCCCAGUGUUCAUAUUUUCAGCGGGUAUUGGUGAUGUACUGGAAGAGGUCAUUACUCAGGUCGGUGUCUUCCACUCGAAUGUAAAAGUUGUUUCCAACUUCAUGGAUUUUGAUGAGAAGGGUGUCCUGAAAGGCUUUAAAGGUGAACUCAUCCAUGUUUAUAAUAAACGUGAUGGAGCGUUGCGGAGUUCUGAGUAUUUCGAUAAACUAAAGGACAACUGUAACAUCAUUCUUCUUGGUGAUUCCUUGGGUGAUUUGAAUAUGGCAGACGGUGUUCAAAAUACUGAAAGCAUACUCAAAAUUGGAUUCUUAAAUGAUAAAGUGGAAGAAAGUUUGGAAAAGUACAUGGACUCUUAUGAUAUAGUACUUGUGGGAGAGGAAUCAUUAGAUCUGGUCAACGCUAUCCUUCAGAAGAUCCUGUGAAUGGAGAACGGAGGCACCCAGGCCAAGAGAGCUCGGAACCACAAUACUCCUCUACCUUUUUUUGGUUAAUGGUCAGCCAAUUUAUUGAAAAUGCUGUUUUUCAACGAACCGAAGAAAGUAUGUGUUUUUUAAAUUUGAACGUGGCAAAUGAAUUUGUCCUUACAAUGAAUGAAGAGACUUUUAGUAGUUCUUUACUUCACUGGCCACUUUGAACCAGGUCAACUACAGGCCUGUUUCACAGAUUUAGACUACCUCCAGAAAUCUUAGUUUAAAUUCUGUCCAUAAUAUUUUAAAACAUUUCCAUUAAUGAUAUUGCAAUAUACAUUAAUGAGGUUUGUGUAUUCUGCGCUUGGCUUACUGAAUUCCAAAUUACCCACAUAUAACUAUCACAAGUUAUUCUGUCUAAAUGCUCAGAAUUAGGAUGUUUUAAUUGUUUUAAUCAUUUUGUAGAUGUAGAUAAUUCUGAGGAUACAUGUUUAUUUGGCCAUACCUUGUGUUUACUAUAGGGCAUUGUUAUCUGUUUAAAGCAAAUGAUGUAGAUAAAAAAACAAUUGUACGCCACAUUAAAUUGAGGGAAUGUUUUUUUUAAUAUACUAUCUACUUUCUUAAUGUUGUUAUUGGACUCCAAUAAAUUCUUCCACUCCAUCA